UGGGGCACGGGGACAGAAGGACAUGGACACAAGGGGACAGGGGACAUGGGAACACCAGGACACAGAGACGUUGGGACACAGGGACAGGGGGACACCGUGACACAGAGCUGCAGUGGCCCUGCCACAGCCACCACGGGAUGUCCCCGUGUCCCCAGCCCACCCCAGCACCGUGGGCACUCCCAAAAUCCCCAUUUUCCAUGGAAAAACCACCUGGGAAUGCCACAGGACACCCAAACCCUGCUCAGCAUCCCGGGAGAAUCCCAUCCCAAGGCAUUUGGGAUCCCAAAAAUCCAUUCUGGAACAUUCCCACACAACAUUCCCCUUUUUCCACCUGCCACAGAGCCCCACAGGGUCGAGUCUGUUCCCAAAAUCUGAAUUUUCCAUGGAAAAACCACCUGGGAAUGUUGCAGGACACCCAAACCUGGCCUGGCUGUUCCCAAAAUCUGAAUUUUCCAAGGAAAAACCACCUGGGAAUGCUGCAGGACACCCAGCCCCUGCUCAGCAUCCCGGGAAAAUCCAAUCCUGAGGGAUUUGGGAUUCUAAAGAUCCAUCUUCAAACACAUUCCCACCAAAAACUCCCCCUGGCAUCUCCCCAGGAGAGCCGUGCCGGCCCCCCAGCCUCCCAAAAAUCCCCAUUUCCAUGGCAAAGGGCAGCAGCAGAGCCCUGGAAUUCCAUGGAAUUCCCUGGAAUUCUGCCGGAAUCCCAAACAACCCCAAGGGCCAGCACUGGAAUUCCCCCUCCCCCUCCAACCCCCGGAAUUUCUGCCCCCAAUCCCGGGGAUUUUCCGAUCCCACGAGGGAUGAGGAAGGAGCCCCCAGGGCUGGGACCCCCCCCGGCCCAGAGGGGGGUGGGAAAUGUGGGAAUUGUCCCGAAAUCCCGGGAUUCCGCGGCUGCCGGCGCGCAUCUGGACAGGCUCAGGCUGACGCUGCUGCUCCCAAAAAUAUCCCGAAAAAACAUCCCGGGGCAUUCCAGAGCCUCCGGAGGCAGAACUGCCCUGCCCAGGCUCCUGCUGGCCCCGACUGGGAGAGACUGGGAGCAACUGGGAGGGAAAAAUGGGAGAGACUGGGAGAAAAACUGGGAUAAAGUGGGAGAAACUGGGAAAAAACUGGGAUAA